GAUGGUAAUAAUAAUAAUAAAUGCAUUUUGAUUACAGUUGGUGUUGUAGCAGUUUGGUGCUCUGCAGGAACAAACGGUAAAACUGGCAACAGCAUGGUGUGUCUACAACAGAAACUUUAGACAGCAAACUAUUAACAAGAGUUACUACAGGAUGCUGAUGAUCUUUUCCCACACAAGAAGAAAGCUUGCAAUGGUUUGUGCACCUGCUAGGAGUAUCCUAGCAACGUCACUGAGGGAACUGUAUGCCACGACUUUUUCUGAGUGCUUUUUGUUGAACAUAGCAGCAGUUGUAAAACAAAGGUCAAGAGCAAUUUAAGCUCUUCAAAGUGCUGUUGCUUAGUUCAUUUACCCAGAUAAAUGUUUGUGGUGUCGUUUUCUGCCUCAAGGAUAAAUAUCGGGUUACAGAAUCAUCCACCAGACCAUCCAAUAGCAGUUUAGUUACACCUGAAUAUCACUUAAUCUAAAAUGUCGUACUUGCACAAAAAUUACCGUUAGCAUUUAACACUAGUUUUUGCCUUGUGAAGUAACCAGGAGUCCCUGCUGCCUUCUGCCUCCACUGGCAGCUGAGGGCUUUCUGUGCAACACAGACCAGGGAAGCACAGACCACCACCAGGCAGUAGGAACAAACCAUCGGUCCAUUAAAAAACCUGAAGAAAGCUUUUAUUCUUUUUUCAGCCCGAGAAGUUGUAUGCGGUCAAUGUCUUACUGUAUGUGCAGGCUUCAGGUGAUGUGACCCCUGUUCUCAUGAAUCCUCUCUCGCAGUCACACUCCAUUUCUCUGGCAGAAGGAAUAUGCCGUACCAUAUCAGACAUGAAUGCAGAUCUUGUGAUGGUUACGCAGGAAACUUUAGUGGACCAGCUAGUGAAAAAUUAUCCAGGCAUUGCAGUCCCCUCCCACAAUAUCUUAUAUAAUAUCCUUGGUGCUCUAAUCAAAGCAAGAAAAAUCUAUCAUACGGGAGAAGGAUACUUCAUUGUGACUCCCAACACAUACUUUAUCACAAAUGAUGCCAAGGAAGACAAUAGAAGAGUCCCACUGGAGGACAGUUGUUGCUGUUCAUCGCCUUCCAUCACUUACCUGGUAAAUAUUGGGCUCUGUGCAGACCUAGUGAAAGAAAACAUUCCUAUGGUAUCCUGUUACAGAUCCUGCCAUUGUUUCCCUGGCCAGAAUAUGCUCUAUGAAAAAAGACAUAUUCAGCUAAUUAACUAUGAAUGUAAUGGAGGAUAUAAGAAAAGCUGCAGUGAAUUGAAGCCUUCAAUCCAAACUCAAGGGAUCUCCACAUCUGGUGAAAACCAUUUCUGGGACACCAUCAAAUCACUGACAUCUGUGAGACAGAAAAUGAAAAGCAAAAGGUUCGGCCUUAGCCUUUUCUGGAGAAGUGCUUCUAAAAAAGAAAAACAUAAGGAGGAGUACUCCACUUUUUCAGCCCAGUUUCCUCCCGAGGAGUGGCCAGUCAGGGAUGAAGAUGACCUAGAUAAUAUUCCACGUGAUGUUGAACACGAAAUCAUCAAGCGUAUUAACCCUGCUCUUACAGUUGAUAAUUUGAUUAAACACACAAUAUUAACGCAGAAGUUUGAGGAGCAGAAAAAUUGUAUCAGUAAGAGUACCUCAGCUGAAGUGUCGAUAGUCAGGCUAAACCAUCUUGCAAAGGAUUGUAUUCAAAAGACACAAAAUAAAACAGCAAAACACACCAGGAAAACAAAAUCAAAGAAAGAGAAGCAAAUUAGCAGAAGAAACAGGACAUCUCACAUACAGGAGCUAACAUCCCAAAAUCAGAAACUGGAAGACAACCUUUUGCUGCCUAUUGGAAACCAGCAGCCAUCUAACGUAGCAGUGGCAUCCCAUGUCCUAUAUAAAAAACAAAUUAAAAACCCUUUUCAGGGUCUGUCAUGGAGACGCAACUAUUGCACAAAAGGGCACAAAGGUACUAUGAACAGUCAGCUGAAGUCCAGAACUCGAAAACAAGAAAGGGCUCUACAAAGGCCACGGUCUUUGGAUUCCUCAAAAACCUUUGACUAUGAAACUGAACAGCUGGCUACAAAGACACAGGCUGACAAAGCUAAGCAAAGCACACCACAAACUAAUAAGUCUUCCCUCCAACUAAAGAAAGACAGUUUAGGUGAAAACUUUAGUCAUCCACAAGGCAGUACUCUGCAAAGAGAUAAUACAAAUAAAUACUUCCUGGAGAGUAAUAUUUUGGAAAAAAACAUCUACAGAAGAACAGUAAAAAAUUCUGGGGAUAAUAAAACAUCCCUUCACUCCUACACUGAAGAAAACGGUGAGUGCAAAGGUGACACAAAAUUUUCAUUACACCUGAAAGAUGAGCACUGCAGAUGCAAAGCUGACACUGUAUGUGAGUUAUUAGCAAAUGAAUUUCAAAAUGUCCAUCUUUCAAAUUACACAGCCAACGUUAACCCGGUAAAAAAAAAAGGUGUGAAAUACAGACAAAAGACUGGUAAAAAGAGUGAACUUAUGUUUAAAUAUGAUUGUGCAAGCCAUCCUGGAUCAAUGAAGCUGGGAAGUGAUGGAUUUAUUGAUAACUGCCAUCUUCUGUACGAAAAAGCACAUGAUAGUGACACCUGCAACACAUUACAUCUGGAUGACAAUCCUGAAGGCAAGGAACCAUGCCACCUGCCUCCUGGCCAUGCUUUUUCAGAUAGAAGAGACUGGAUCAAAGCUGCACAAAAGCUGGGGACAGCUAUGACCCUAAAAAACUGUAAGGUUAAUACUUAUCCCAUCCAGUAUGACACAACUGUAACUAAACAUCACUCUGGAGACCAUGGAUAUGAGGAAAGUGCUACUUCUGCAAAAUCAAUAGAUGGCUCAAAAGAGUAUCCAAAACCAGAUUUUAUGGAAGAAAGUUGUUUGUGCAGUCAGGUUCUUCCGAUAGGUCACAGAAAGGAAGAAGAAACUGGCCUUGCUGAAUGUGCAAAGGCUUCAGCUGUAGCAGAUUCCAGACACACUGUUAAGACUGGCUCAGACGCUGACACUUUGCAGAACUUCACCUAUGAGAUGGGUGAAGCGGCGGCAUGUUGUGCUUUGGGCUCACAGAUCAAAGAAAUCAAAAACCCUCCGGGAAAAAAAGAUCUGUUGUUUAAGAAUGCAUGUACUGUGAUAUCAGGACAGACACACUCAGAACGGACAGAAAACCACAGCAUAACAGGAGACAGUGGAAUUGACUCACCAAGAUGAACUGAAAAGAAGAUGAAGCUUCCUGCCAAAUUCUAAAAGCAUAAAUACUAAUGCAAAGAGGAGGACAAAGCAGAAAGAUAAUUGCAACAAAAAUCCUUGCUUCGGCUAACUCUAGUCAUGAAUAUUCGAUUAUUUUUUUAAUAAGCUGUGUAAACUUUCCCUUUGUAACACUGUAACCAUACUGUAAAUGCCAUUAGUCAUAUCUGUGAAGCUGUCUCUAAAUCAAAGCUGUUAAAACUUUUAACCAUAGUAUUUAGAGAGUUAAUGUGUAUUUCUGUUGCUGUCAUCUUUAAUCAGUUUUUGCAUU